AUGCCUUCUUCAAAACCUAAGCCUUCCGAAGUUGCGGCGGAAACGAAGCGACAUUACAUCCCGGUCAUAAGAGCGGAAUACGCCCGCCAAUGGCCAACCCGUUCGUAUCUGUUCCAACAGCCGCUGGCGCAGAUUCCGCUCCAGAGCUCAAUCAGCGGCUUUUCUCCAUCCCCUCCGGAAUUUUAUGUUUGCUCAGGGGAUCCCGUCGACUUUGCCAUUGACUGGAAAGAAAAGGUAAACAUUCGAAUACCAUUUAUAUGCGCGGCAAAUGACAAGAGAGCUGGUGGUGACUGGGAGACCGGCGUAGUGGGAUACGAAGAGCGCCUCUGUAGACGCAGUAACCUCUCAGCAACGCUUAGCACUCCUGGUCCCGGAUCUGACGUCGAAAGUAACUACCCAAUCCCGUCCGAAGGUGGUAUCUAUUCUGAGUUUGUCGUGGUAUUCCGUGGACCACACGACCAAUACAAGAAGCUAGACCAAUGGUACGACCUUCCGGUAGUCUCGAUGCCAGCGGCGCGCUGGCCCAAGCUGAGCCACGGAGGUUCUAAAUAUGCAUUUCCUCUGGAGCGCGAAAUGGUCAGGAACAAGAUCCGCGCCGCCCUGCGUAUCUGCGUCUAUUAUGAACACCGGACCGUCGUGAUAGGCGACUUCGGUCUAGGUAACGGUCACCGCAACCCACCACAGGAGCUUGCCGAGCUUUGGCGCGAAGUGUUUCUCUACGACCCAGAUAUUCGUGGCCGGUUUGACUACGUCGCCUUCGUGUUUGAGGACCAGUACCAAAGCACCGCGAAACUGAUCCUUGAUGAUAUUGCCAAGAAAAGCAGGGGCAGCAGUAGUCACGGGCACAGCCAUAGUCACAGUCACAGUCACAGUCACCAUUCUAGUAGCUCCAAGAGCAAGUCGAAAGCAUCCUCUAGCUCCAGCUCUAGUAGCAGCUCUACGUCGGCGCCAAGCGACUUCGAGAUAUUCUCGCGCGUCUUCGACCCCAGCGAGAUCCAGAGUGUCAUGAGCCGACCGGAUCCCCGAUACGGGAUUUCUAUGCUUACAUCGUGA